GCAUGGCAAGUUCUCGCCUGCGCCCAACGAGCGGAGGAGCUACUUCGAGGCCAUCGCAUUCUGGGCCAUGGUGGGCCAGUUGCCGCGGGCUACAGUGAAUACCCUUUGCAGGCAGACAGGUAUUCUGAAGUUCGGCGUUUAUCUUUCGGCGGUGUCACCUGUCUGUCCAAUCGCGGGGCUUCGUCCGAAUCAGUGCUACCUGGGCGAGGGCGAUCAGCUGCAGUACCUGGCCGGUGGACGCGGGCUUCUCGACCUGAUCAGCCUGUGCGCGGCAGCAACAGUUCACGGCGUGCAGGUGUUCUUCGUUGGCGAAUGGGAGGUCGCUCUCAGUUUGACUUGUGGGAUGCAGGUGCUUAGUCGCCUUCAUCAAUUUAUCGGUCGCCCGUCACGGUCUUUGGUGGCACCCACGGCGCUGCGCAUCUUCACCGCCAAGUUCAUGGGAAGUCAGGACCGAGCCAACAGCUACGAUGAGUACGACUCGUAUGCCACAGAUCGGAUGACCCAGCAUAUCAUGAACACGCACCUCGCACAAGGGGCCAACGGCACAUUAUUCACAGAGACGGGCUUUCCGCGCGAUCAACUCCAGCCUCAUGCGUCGGUCAACGCGGCGGCCACGUGGUUCUUCGCUGGGGCUGCG